AUGAAUGAGACAUCGCCCGACCGGGCGGAGGAAGGGAAGGAGUCCAAUGCUUCCACGAAGGACGAGCGUGAGACUUCUGCGGGACCCAAGGCCCUGGCCGUCAAGAACAAGCAGUGUCCCUAUUGCAGCCAAACGUUCACCUCUUCCUCCCUCGGCCGCCAUUUGGACCAGUACCUAUACAAGAAAAAACCGGACGGCGUACACAACGUCGAAGAAAUCAAACAGCUUCGAAGCGGUAUCACUAGGCGGACGGCGCGUGGUGGGACAAAGCAGGGAAGCCCUGAGGUCACGUCUGGCUCUGCGUCUGCGUCUGCGUCUGCAGCCGCGGCCGCAUCCGCAGCAGGCCCAGAUCCGCACUCUGCUGCUCCGUUGCAGCUCAACUCGAGCGGCCCAGGUGGGAAGGGAUAUCGCCUUUUCAUCAAUCAGCCAACAUGGCACUCUACCGGCGUGAUCAACGAUAUUCCGAAUUCGUCGCCAGUGUCACAAUUGAGGAUACCAUCAACGUCCCUAGAGAAGGCGAACCGAUUGACGAGCUCGGGCUCUACGGAAACUACAAAGGCGCUGGAACUGGCCCUGAGGGAGGUCUUGGAUAGCGUGAAAGCAGCAGCUAGUAGCCAUAUUCCGUCGCUAUCUCCAUUCGAUUUUGACCUCCAGUCUCAAACUUUCCCAGCCCUCUGCCUUCAAGCUCUACCGCAUCCGCCGAGUCUCUUUUCUACGCAUCCAUUUCCGUCGCCGAAUUCCUUCCCAAUCGAACCGCCUACCGUGAGCCAGCGGGAGAUUGUACAGCAAGCGCUACGCGCACAAAUUCUCCAAUGGAAAUACGAUCAGCUAGCUGCUAUUAACUCGCCAAAUCAAGGGCCCUCAGCUUCUACAUCACCGCACCAGACCAAGCCGUCAGCGGGUGAUGCGGGCGCGGUCGAAAAAAUAGCGUAUCAGCACGAGGAAAUGACCCUUCGACAUCUCGAGCUAUCAUUGCAGCAUUGGAUGGAGCUCUCCUCCACAGCUCAACGGGAACUGUGGCAUCUAGAAAUAGUGCGAGCAUUCGCAAGGGAAGCCGAGAAACGGAAGACGAUCGAGGCCCAGCUUCACCGCACGCAACAAGAGGCGAAUCAAUUACGUGCGCAGGUUGAGAAACUCGCAUCAUGUCAAUGGCCGAGAGAGUUUGCGAUAUUCCCACCCAACCUACUCCCAAUAUCUCCAGAUGUCGCUAGAGAGCUCGACCAACACGAUAGCAGAAUAAAUUCCCCCGAGUCAUCAAAAUGGGAUUAUGAUAACCUAGUGGCUAAGUGGCAGCGCGUUGUAAUGCACGAUAGAUCAAUGGGUCGAAGUGGCGUGGGUGGCCUCGAUAACACGAAUACCGAAGUUUCAACCCCCCAUGGCACCGCUCACCGGCCUUAUUCAACAAGGAUGGCCUCGCCCCUGCAACGAAGCAACCCGCUGCCGCCUCCGGUUGCGACAUCGCCAAAACCACAUCAGCCUUAUCAACAGCGACAUCACCCACAGUCUCCCGCGAAGCACUCUCCACACCAUGAAAGCAGGGAGGCCAACGAAACAACCGACCAUUUCCGACCCCCUAAACGGCCGCGCCAGAUUGAGGACCAACCCCCACCUAGGUUUUCUAGCCCAGGCGGCUCCUCGUCACCUAGAUACGCUUGGAGUCACCCACCAGUCCAUGAGUCGUCUACAGCACCUCAGAAUCGAUCGAACUCAGUCCUAUCUCCAACUCUCCCUCGCGGACCUAUGUUCCCAAUUGGCUCUGCAACCCCUCCCACUCCCCCAGGAACGGGAAACUUAGCCAGAGCCGCCGGUCCAGGGGAUAGCUCCACCCGUCCACAUCGACUGUCUAACGCAUCAGGCCCGACAGACGGAAAUACCUCUGAGCGAGUUGAGGCAUCACCUAAAACGCAGUAUACUCCGCAGGAACCGGGCACGCGAGAACCACACUAA